AUGAAAUUCUAUAUUAUUACAUUAUUGCUAUGUGGUUGUGUAAUGGGAGUAGAUAUAGAUAAGAAUACAUUUUCAAAUUACAGAGAAGUAUAGAUGUAACAUUUACAUAUUGAAUGGCUAUUAAAUCUAAAUUAAAAGAUUAUAGAUGGAUCAGCUGAAUAUACAUUUAGAGUAACAACAGCAGAAUUGAAAGAAGUAUAUUAAUUAUAGAGUAUGAGGUUCAUUUGGAUAUUUAUUAGAUGGAUAUAAAGUAUGCAUAUUAUCCAAAUUUUGGGAAAGUGCUAGAUUGGCAUGUAGAAUCUGAUCCAAAAUAGAGUUUAAUAUAAGGAGAUAAGUUAAUAAUAGAGUUAGGAUAAUCAUUCAGAUAUGGAGACAUAUUUAAAUUAAGAAUAAAGUACUAAAUAGGAGAGUAAGCUAGAGCAUUAAGUUUCAUGAAUAUAGAGUAGACUGAUGAUAAAAGUAGAAAUGUAUAUUAAAUAACAUAGAGGCACCUUAUUUAUUUUCUUAAUGUGAGGCUAAUAAUUGUAGAUCAAUGAUUCCUCUAUAGGAUACUCCAAGCAUAAAAUUUACAUAUUCAGCAAGUGUAUUAACUUAGGAUUAAUAAAUAAAUGUAUUUAUGAGUGGACUUCCUGUAGAAAAUACUAAAUUUUCUUUAAUGGAAUAAUAUAAUUUGAAUGGAAUAGCUAAUAUAUUUUAAUUUGAAUUAAAAAUUAAGAUUCCUUCUUAUUUAAUUGCAAUAGUUGCAGGUACAGUAUAAGAGAGAAAGACUAGUGAUAGGACAUCAGUAAUAUCAGAAGCUAAAAAUAUUGAAAUUUAUUAAAAGGAAUUAGAACAUUUAGAUAAAUAUGUAAAAUAUUUAGAAGAUUAUAUUGGUGAUUAUAAAUGGGGAUUCUAUAAAAUAGUUAUAUUACCUGCUUCAUUUCCAUUUGGUGGAAUGGAAAAUCCAUUAUUAACAUUUGCUAAUCCAUCAAUAAUUGUAGGAGAUAAAAGUGGUAUAAGUGUUGCUAUUCAUGAAAUUGCACAUUCUUGGUUUGGUAAUACUGUUACUUGUAAUAAUUGGUCUAAUAUGUGGAUUAAUGAAGGCUUCUGUGUUUUCUUAGAAAGAAAAGGAUUAUUAUAACAUUAUGAAUCUAUUGAUUUAGUUUAUGUUAAUUCUUUAGUUGGAAAUGAUGAAAUGAAUGCAUUAAUUAAAGAAUUCAAUUCUAAUCAUGAUCCUGUUAUUAAGUCUUAUGCAAGUUUACAUCCUAUUACUGAAAAUCAUAAUGCAGAUGAUAGUUUUAGUGUAAAUUAUUAGUAUUUAUAAUUAGACUAUACCAUAUGAAAGAGGAUAUCAAUUGUUACUCUAUUUAGAAAAAUUAGUAUCAGAAGAUAAAUUCUAAUUAUUAUUAUAAGCUUGGUUACAAUAAAAUUAGUAUUAGAGUGUUGAUGAAAAUGAUUUCUACAAUUUUAUGAUUGCAUGGAUAUAAUCUAAUUUUUCUAUGAAAGACUUUCUAUAUAUUAAAUAAUAAAUUGAUUCUGUCUAUAUAAAAUGGAUAUAUAAUACAGGUAAUUAUUUUCAAUUAUCAUAUUAGAUGCUCCUCCUUAUAAAUAUGGAUUUAUUAAUGAUGCCUCCCUUUUAGCUACUAAUUUAGCAGAGGAUUGGGCUUCAUCUAGACCUGGAGAAUAACCUUAAGGUUAUGAAAUCUUUGAUAAAUUCUAAUCAAAUCAAAAAUAAUUGUUUUUAUCUUCCCUCUUAAAGAAAAAUCUAGAUCCUGUCACCAUGAAAUAAUUAGAUUCUACCUAUAAUCUUACUAAUAAUUUAGAUGCAGAAUUACUUUUUAGAUGGUAUACUCUAUCUAUAUAAACAAAAUAUGCCACCGAUUUCACUAAUCUCAAAAAAAUUAGAACAUUUGUAUCUAAAAUAGGAAGAAUGAAAAUGAUAAAUCCUAUUUACAAAGCCUUAGAUAAGUAUAUCUCAUCUUUUCUAUAUAUAGAAAAACUGCCGAAACCUGGUAUAAUGAAAACAUUAGGUUUUAUCAUCCUUUGGCUAGAUAGUCCAUUGAAAACAUUAUUAAAAAUAAAGGAUUAGAUGUUAAUGUUGAAUUAUUAUGAAU